AUGCUCAAAUUGAAACACCAGGCAUUCCUUCUCCGAAACCAUGGCAUCCCUAGAUUCCACAAGUUUGCUUCAGCAUCUGCCAUAGCUGACACCACAAUCACCCAUUCUCAUAUACAAGAAGUGCCACAACCUCAGAUUCAGCCUUUUUCGGACCCCGACUUCUUCAUCACUGCUGUGCUGAGCUCUAGAAACAUCUCUCACAUCAGACAAGUCCACGCCCAAGUUGCCGUCAAUGGAAUUCUCCAACACCUCACUGUUGCAAACAAGCUCCUCCACAUGUAUGUACAACAUAAAGCGUUGGGUGAUGCUUAUGCUCUGUUUAGUGGUAUGGUGGAAAAGACUGCAGUUGCUUGGAGUAUAAUGGUUGGUGGGUUUCUGAAGGGUGGUGAUUUUAGUAAUGGUUUCGCAACAGUUAGGGAGCUUAUUCGAUGUGGGAUGCCGCCGGAUAAUUACACGUUGCCUUUUGUGAUGAGGGCUGUAGGGAUUCGAGGGACCUUAAAAUGGGAAGACAUGUAUGCGAAAUGCAGGGUUAUAGAUGAUGCACGCCAGCUGUUUGAUAAUAUGCCUAACAGAGAUCUUGUAACAUGGACAGUGAUGAUUGGUGGAUAUGCUGAGUGCAGGAAUGCGAGUGAGUCUUUGGUUUUGGUUGAUAGGAUGAUAGAUGAAGGCGUGGUUCCUGAUAGGGUUACUAUGGUGACCGUUGUUAAUGCGUGUGCAAAGUUCGGGGCUAUGCAUAAGGCCAGGCUUGUUAGUGAUUAUAUAUUUAGGAAUAAGUUUUACUUGGAUGUGAUCUUGGGGACGGCAAUGAUUGAUAUGUAUGCAAAGUGUGGUUGUGUUGAUUCCGCGAGGAUAAUUUUUGGUUGGAUACAAGUGAAAAAUGUUAGAACAUGGAGUGCCAUGAUUUCAGCUUAUGGUUAUCAUGGGCGCGGCAAGGAAGCUCUUGAUGUAUUUGAGAUGAUGUCGAGCAGUGGAGUGUUACCAAAUGCAGUAACGUUUAUUUCACUGUUAUAUGCUUGUAGUCAUUCGGGCUUGACUGAAGAGGGUCUGCAGUUUUUCUCAUUGAUGUGGGAUAAAUAUGCUGUCAGAGCAGGUGUUAAACAUUAUACUUGUGUGGUGGAUCUUCUAGGCCGUGCUGGGAAACUUGAUGAGGCCUUGAAAUUGGUUGAGAGUAUGGAAGUUGAGAAAGACGAGGGGUUAUGGAGUGCUUUGCUUGGGGCAUGUAGAGUUCAUGGGGAUCUAGACCUAGCAGAAAAGGCAGCUAGUUCACUUCUUGAACUACUGCCCGACAACCCAGGGCAUUACAUAUUGCUAUCAAAUAUUUAUGCAAGAGCAGGGAGGUGGAAAGAAGUGGCAAAGAUGAGAAAUCUGAUGACCCAGAGGAGUCUAAAGAAAAUACCUGGUUAUACUUGGAUUGAGAUAGACGACAAAAAUUACCAAUUUGGUGUUGGAGAUAGGACUCAUCCACAAUCACAAAACUUUUAUGCCAUGCUGAAGAGUUUGAGUCACAAACUGGAGUUGGCUGGUUAUGUCCCUGAUACAAAUUUUGUGUUACAUGAUGUUGAUGAGGAAGUUAAAGUGGAAAUGUUGUCACCCAUAGUGAGAAGUUGGCAAUUGCAUUUGGCCUUAUCGCCACUUCUGAUGGAACUCCUAUCAGAAUUAGAAAGAAUCUUAGAGUUUGUGGUGACUGCCACACAUUUACCAAGUUUGUAUCAGCUAUUACACAAAGGGAGAUCAUUGUCCGUGAUGCAAACCGGUUUCACCACUUCAGAGAAGGGACAUGUUCUUGUGGAGAUUAUUGGUAAUUGA